AGAGCAAGCCAGUUGACUUCUGGCUCGUGAAGAGGAAGGGUGUGUCGCGCCGCGCUCCGCUACCCUUUGUAUGAAACCCUAAUUUCACUAAAUAUCUCCCAUUUCAAGCCAAUUUCGGGUCUUCCCAUUCAUUCCCUAAGCCAAAUACCCCAAGAUGGAAGUACUUAGAUAACGCCCCGAGUGAAAUAGAGGAAUGCAGUUUGUAAAAAAGGAUAUACCGUUUCUGUCAUAAGACUUUGCUCCUUGGAAUUGGCUUGUUGGACAGUUAGAGGAAACUAGUUAUGGUGUGGUGGGGAGUGUUGUGGGCGUGGGUGUGGGCGGGGGCGGGCCGGGGGCUGUGCUUCAACAUAGAGACACAAGACAUCGUCAUUCAUCAAGGUCCUCCACACAGCAAGUUUGGGUUCAGUGUGGCACAGCACAGAGACACCUCGGGCCCCUGGGUACUGGUAGGAGCCCCGGAGGCGAACACGACGCAGCCGCAGGUACACCAAGGAGGAGCUGUGUACCGUUGUCACCCAACUGUACCGGCGACCUGUGAACCCAUACCCUUCGAUCUGACCGGGAACCACUUCGAGAACGGUCACCAGAUGGACAACAAGAGUCAACAGUGGUUCGGGGCCUCCGUCGCUAGCCAGAGUGGCGUCAUUGUGUUCUACCAGGACCUGUUGAACCGGCAGGAGGCGCUGGCGACGGGUGAGGGCCCCAAGCGGGACGACAUGUCGUACCUGGGCUACUCUACGGCGGCCGGGGACUUCACCGGCGACGGCGAGGACGACCUGGCCGUCGGCAUGCCGCGUGGCAACGACCUUACCGGCCAGGUCGUCGUCCUCGACCACCGACUCACCAUCCUCUACAACAUUACUGGCACUCAGGUGGGGUCGUACUUCGGCUACAGCGUGGCGGUGCUGGAUGCCAACGGCGACAGUCUGGUGGACAUAGCGGUGGGGGCGCCCUGGUACACCGACCCGCAGGCCGCUGUGGACUUCGAGGUCGGUCAGGUCACCCUCUUCGCCCAGACCCCGCAGCACAAUUUCCAGCGGUCAACCAGACUGUUGGGGGUGAGGUCCCGCUGCCACUUCGGGCUGGCCCUGGCGUCCCUCGGGGACAUCAACAGGGACGGGUACGAGGACCUGGCGGUGGGGGCCCCGAUGGCCGGCCCCAAGGGCAAGGGCGGCGUCUACAUCUACCUUGGCGGCUCUGACGGCCUUGCCAGCAAGCCUUCUCAGGUCAUCCUAGGGGAGGAGGUGACCCUGGCGGGGGCCGCCACCUUCGGCUGGUCGCUGGCUGCCGGGGACGACCUGGACGACAACGAGUACCCGGACCUGGUGGUGGGCGCCCACCACGCCCACGCCGCCUACGUCUUCCGCGCCCGGCCGGUGGUUCAGGCCCAGGCCAUGCUCAAGUUCAAGUCUGAGAGUGGCAUCAUAGACCUGGAGGUGCUCAGGUGCUCACUUCAGGACUCUACUGAGGUCCCCUGUGUCUCCCUCCAGUACUGUCUCACCUACACCGGUCACCGAGUACCCAGCACCCUCCAGAUGAAGGUGUGGCUGCGGGUGGACACGCGGGCGGAGCUGGUGCCCAGGAUGUUCUUCCUACACAGGGAGGGAGAGGCCGCUGAGAACGUCACCCUGGAGCUCCGCAAGUCCGUCGAGCGCUGCACCACUCUCUACACCUACCUCACCCGUGAGCCGCAGGACAAGCUGACCCCCCUGGUGGCUGAGAUGACCAGUGACCUGCUGGAGGAGACUGGGGACCUCCGCCCCCCAUCCUUGUCCCCCCCUCGCCGCCCCCUCCGCCCCAUCCUGGCCCCCCCACACCUCCACCCCUCCUCCACCUCCUCCGCCCUCAUCUACAUCAAGAACAACUGCGGGGGAGACAAUGUGUGUGUCCCCAACCUCUCUCUGUCCGUGGACAUGGCUGCCGGAGAGUACGUGUUAGGGUCGCGGGAGAACCUGGUGGCCAGGGUGCGGGUCCACAACUCAGGAGAGGACGCCUUCCUGGCUAAGGUGGUUGUGAAGGUGCCACGGGGAGCCACCUUCAGCAGGUUCCUCCUCACUGAGGACACCUCAGACGACCUCACCCCCAUCUGUUCCUCCACCACCAAGGCUGGCGUCGAGGAGGUAAUAUGUGACCUGGGGAACCCGCUGCCCUCAGGGGCGGGCGUAGGGCUCCAGCUGGUGUUCCAGCCCACUCCCCUCCUCCUCAACCACACCAGUCUUGACUUCCACCUGCGGGCGUCCUCUGCCAACCCCGAGGACCCCGCCCACGCCCACGACAACCACGUCGCCCUCGCCCUCCCCGUCACCCUCAGGAGUGACAUCAACAUCAAGGGCAUUUCCUUCCCGGACGAACCAUUCGACUACAACGCGUCGCAGUACGGCGUCGGGCUGGUCGGGGAGGGAGGUCGGGUCACCCACGAGCGUCAAGUGGGACCUGAAGUGAUGCACGUCUACGACCUCACCAACCGCGGACCGUCCGACCUGCCGGCAGCCCAUAUCUUCCUGCUGUGGCCGACACGGACGCUGGCCUACGAUCCCCUACUAUACCUGCUGGACCCGCCCUCCGUCUCCGCUCCUGCCCGCUGUCAACCAUUCCACGAUGUCAACUACCUCGGCCUCCAGGUUGAAGAUGCCUCGUCUCGUCUCCAGCACCUGGUGGGCACUUCUGCAGGAGAUGACCGUCCACACCGACGCCCAGAACACACUGACGAAGUCCUUAACGACCAACCGGUUGACGGAGAGUCGUCCAACCAACUCCACCGACACCGUCGCCACAGCCGUCACCACCACCACCCCCUGCAGGAAGAAAGAGGUCGACGGAGUGGCCGGAGGAGCGAGCGGGAAAGCCUGCAGAAGGAGUUAUCGUGUGGCCCCACCAACUGUACCAGAGUGGUGUGUUCCAUCGCUCCCUUGAGAGCGUCGGACAGCAUAGUGGUGCGAGUUAGAUCAAGACUAUGGGUCGAUACUAUCCAAAAGGUCGGGAUGCCAGAGGUGAAGAUCUCGUCACGGCUGGUGGUGGUGGCGGCUCCCGAGGGCGGUGACCCCGGAGACUGGUGGCUGCAGGGGGACGCUGGCGACGGGGAGUCUCCUGAAGGAGAAGGCAGCGGAGGGGGCGUGGAGAGGAGCGUGUGGUCCAGGACGGUGACCACGGUGGUGAGGACGGGACCAGAGGAACAUCGUAGCUCUCUCAAGUGGUUGGUGGUCGUCGGCAGCAUCCUCGCUGGGCUCCUCCUGUUGGCUCUCCUCAGUUUGUUGCUGUGGGCGAUGGGCUUCUUCAAGAGACGACGACCCCAAGAUAAGACGGAAACUGAGCCCCUUAACACCAACGGCUUCUACGGCAACGGCAACUCCUGAGCUCUCCUACUUCGACACCUGGAGCUGACGACACCACCAGAGAAGACGCCUGUAGGUGGCGUUGUGAGGCGAGGGGGAGAGACUGACGCUAGGGCUUAGGGCGGAGAACCUCCCCCUGCCACCCUUACCUCUGGAGUCUCAUCUUGGGGAGGACCCUGAAGGAAGAGUUUAAGGGGUAUAACUCCCUGACACUCUUGACUCGUCUCAUGGAUGUGGUUUUCAGAAUUGUUCUAGAGGUUAACUAGGGUUCAGCGAGGCUCCGUGAACAUUAACGAGUCACAGAGAGUCUUGGAGACUCUGCAACACGGGAGAAUUUCAAGGAAUAGUGAGCAAUAAAUAACAAGAAAAUUGAGCUCUCUCUUGUGGCUAAAAUAUGGAUAGAAUUGUAAUUGUUAUGUUAUGAAACAUGUGAACUGGGAUUGUGUCUCCGUGGUGAUUGGUGCCUCGGGAACCUGGAGGUGUCACUAGGGGGCGUGUUGACCUUGAGUGACCCGAGCACAUGAGUGACAAGGAGUAACUUGACUGGUGUGAGUGACAGUGUUAGCCAGGUGACACAAGUUGACCAGCAAACUUAAACAAAGGGUAAUUUAACACUGAUUAUGAAUGUUAAUUGUUAAUUUUAAACUAUAUAUAUAUGGAUGUUAAUUGGAUGUUGUGAAAUAUGUAAAUAAAACACAUAUAUAUAUGUAAAACACGCAUACAGUAAAUAUUUGUUUUGUUCUGAAGAGCACAUUUAUAGGUGUGUAGUGACGACCAAUUGGCAUCAUUUUGUGAUCUAAAUUGUAGGUGUCUUUUCAGUGACUCUCUCAGCUGUUAUCGUAAGUCCUAACAUGGACUUCCGUAGUGCCUCUCUCUCAGCUGUUGUCGUAAGUCCUAACAUGGACUUCCGUAGUGCCUCUCUCUCAGCUGUUGUCGUAAGUCCUAACAUGGGCUUCCGUAGUGCCUCUCUCUCAGCUGUGGUCGUAAGUCCUAACAUGGACUUUCGUAGUGACUCAGAGUUUUAUAAGUCUCUCAAGAUUUUAAGACCUUUUGAGUACUGCCUUAACUUUACAAGUGCUCUGGAUUUUAUAAGUGCAGUUAGGACUCACAAAUCUAAGUACUUUUAUUGUACUUAAAUUAGAUGUGUAUUAUGUUAUACACAAGAGUGUGUAUGCUGGUGUGUAUUAUGUUUGUGUAGAUGUGUAUUAUGAUAGUGUGUAUGCUGGUGUCCAACAGCAUAAGUGUUUAGAAUCAUUUUAAUUGACUUAAGUCGUAUAUGAUAUAUUUGUUUCCAUGUGACAAGUGCCUCACAGCGUCCGGGUGAGGUCCUGAGUGCCUCAAGCCACCAGCUCUCACCAGUGUUGGUGUCAAUAUGCGUCUGGUUGAAAAUAGUUAACCAAUGAAAUGGGGAACAAAUCGCAAAUAAACGACUGCAGCAGUGUAAGGGUUAAACAUGAUUUAUAACUGAAUAUAAUUCAACUUUAUAUUUUUUUAUGUGUACGAGAUAAUGUCAUAUUAUAUUACACUUUAUUAUGGAUAAUAUAUCCACUGAACUGUAAUAUACCCUUGGGGAGAGUGGGUGGAUUCAAGUGCCCGGCCUGUGGAUGGGUUGAUGACUGGGAGCGGUGUGAGGUAGUGACAAGGAAACUCAUCCUGUCUUGACACAAGUCGAUGGGCUGGUUGGAAUAAUCGCCUUAUGAUUGGUCAGUUUCCAUAUUGGAUAGAUUGUUUUACUUCGUGAUUGGUUGGGCUUUGCUUUAUAAAAAGUGGCCCUGCUUUUUGGUUUGGUCAGGAUGCGUUUUGAAAAGUUUAACCCGAGUCAUGACCGGUGGAAAUGAUGUGCAAGAAAGCAUCGGCCUCUUUCUUGCUUAUUUUGUUAACAUUUGUGCUGAAAAAAUGUUGCAUUGUGACUGAUCCAGACUGAUUUUGCAAUGAUUUUGCAUUUUUGUUAAAUUAUCAUCCCGCAUUGUGAAUGGUGAUGACACUUGCCUGCCGUCACACAUACAGCUGACUGGCUUCACAGACUGUGAUCAAGGUACAUAGUAUCGUCCAUUGUAGAAGCGACAUAACCUCGUGUGAAGGUUGCUGUAGUGAACUCUCCGUCCCGACACUUCAGACGCGCUCCUGUGGACUCACAUUCUGCACUCACGGAGGAACAUUUGUCUGUCGUGACAUGAAUCUCUGGGAGAGACGUCAUACCCAGUGGCAGUGCUGAUUGUUGAAUAUCUUGUGUGGAAGAUGCACUAAAAAGUCUUUUUAAGCAUUCUGUUCCUAUAUUCUAUUUCUUCCGGCUGUCGAGUCCCCAUCCCAUGAAUGGGGGAACUGGGGUUGUGGUGAUAAUGAUCACGUGUACCAAGAUGGGAAAUUACUUCGAUACAAGAGUAGAUGAGAUUGGGACACAGCGACAUCUAUUAGCCAGAUACCAAACCCAAACUUCCAGUUGCAGGUGUAUGUAAUGUGUGGCGCUGUGGUCGUCAGUGUCCGCGACGCCUCGAGUCUCCAUGUUGCAUAGUUUGAGCCGAAAGUUGCCAAUGUGAAAAUGACAGACAUUCAGAAAGAAAGGCAGAAAGGCCCGUCAGAUAUUGCCCGGACAGUGCCUGAAACUGAAAAAAACUUCAGAGUCCAAUAUGGGGUUCCCAGCUUUGUGCUAUAGUGAUAUUUGUUCUUUUAACAAUGAUAUUAACCUAGUAAAAAGAUACAAGGUCUAGGCCAUUAUAGUGUAUUAUGUGCGAUUUUGGAUGAUAACAUUCAAAAAGAGCAAACGUAAUUGUUGAUGUUUAUUUAAUAGUGUCUUGGUUACAUCAGUUGGAUGUUGGUAAUGUUAUGACGUGUCUUGACCUGACGGGAACACGUAUUAAUAUAAUUACAGACGUUAAUGGUUAGUGAAUAGAGUGCAGGUGUCAUUAGUGAUUGUGGGCAUAAUUAGCUGGCACAUUAAAACAGAAUGUGGUGUGCCACAAUAAAAUAAAAAACAAUUAUAAACUCUUACACUAUUAAUCCCUGUUGAGAAGCGCUUGUUAGUGGCGCCUGUGAUGAGAAACUUUAAUAAGGUUAUCUUGAGAUAACCAUCUCAAGAUAAGGUCCAGAUCAGGUCUUCUGGACACGCACUCCCAGCUUCUUAAAUACUCUCCACGAACCAGUCUCCACGAACAAGACUUGUCAGAGGAACUUUGUGGUAAUUUUUGCAACAGAAAUUCGUAUAUCACUUAACUACUCCCUGGAUCACCAGACAUCUUGAGAAAGGUGUCUAGAUCCUUCCCAAAUUUAAGCUGCACAAAUUGGCAAACCAUAGAGGCUAGGAGGAUGUUGGUCUCUGCUAUAGCGUGCUGGCUAGAAAACACAAAAUUUACAGCAUUGUCUGAAAGAUAACCAUCAAAAUUAUUGACUAAAACUACCACCACGACCAUGAAUGGUAAGGUUAUCAUUGUAACCAUCUGAAGGCUUACAAGCGUGGAGGUCAACUCUACGACCUGGAGGUCAGAACUCGCUAUAAUGUCGCCUUUGUGGUUUCUUAAGUGUUUGCAGUAUGUAAAUGUAAAUACCGUGUAUAUAUAUAUA